CCCGCCUGACAGACGCCUCUUCCUUGCAGGAGCGGCGACGCCUCCCCCCGCCGGCGCGGCGCUGCCGGAGCGAGGGCGGACUGACGCCUCAUGUCCGCCGCGGGGCAGGAGCUCCACGCCGCCGGCCUGCCGGGCGCCCUGCCCGCCGAGCGCCCCGCCCCGCCGGGGGCCGCGGGCGGGCGGGCGGCCCUGGGGCUGCCCCCCGAGCCCCGGAGAGCGCAUGGCCGGGCCCUCCGUGCCCGGGAGGCGCCCCAGCGGCAGCCCCUGGAGGGCGAAGCGGCGCGCCCGGAGGAGGAGGAGGAGAUGAUGCGGGGCGGCGGCUUCGCGGGGCCCCGCUGGGGCGAGGGAGGCCCGAGGGAAGGCGCCGUCGCGGCGAAGGGCGGGCGGCUCGUUGCCCGGCCAGGGCUUGUAACCUGCGAAGAAAACAGGCGGUCAGAAGAGAAGGAGCUUCAGCUAAUCCAGAAGGAGAGAGAAUGUAUUCCAAGUCCCUCACGUGUUGAAAUAAAAGGCCUGCUGCAGAAUCUAGAAGAAAACCCAGCAAAAGUGCAGGUAGCAUCUGAAAAGCAAUCAAGCCUCAUGAGAGAAGCACCAGGUAUGAAGGCUGAUGGGACUAGGCUGUAUGGUAAAACAGGAGAGCACAGUGCCCGAGGGAGGACAGGUAUUGUGCCUGAGGCCAGUCAGUGCUCAGGUGGAGGCACAGUCAUGGCCCGAGUUGCAGUUUCAGGAACUGACAGCUUAGUCUCUCAAGAGCCUCUGAGUCCUGCCUCCCCCGAAGAAGAGGAAGAGGAAGAAGAAGGUGGUGGUAAAGGACUCUCAGCCUGUGCCAGACAGACCGGGGAAGAGACAUUUCAGAAUCCAGGCCAAGAAAUGAAUGCCGUUUUUAGCAAUCGUCCAUCAGUUCGGCAGGAUACAUUCAGCAUGCACAGUAAUAGUGGCCUUGCCCUGGCUUUGGGUGCUUGCCUACCAGGCCUGAGUUCUGAAGCCACAGGUCAUACUUUUCAAGGUAGCUCAACAAUCAGAAAUACACCCUGGGGUGACCACACAGAUCUCUUUGAAGUUGCCUGUGAAGUGCAGGAGGAGAGCUUAAAGAGCAACCAAAACUGUGAAAAGGUUCUGGGAGAAUGGGCCUCUGAACCGAAUGUGGUUGGGGCUAUGUGGCAGACUGGGAGCGCUGAAGGUGAGCUGUCUAACGAAGAUGAUCUAGAGCAGAAAGGGGAUGAUAGUACGGCUCCUCCUUGUAGCUGUGCACAUGAAGGAGCAAUUGAAAUCCAGAAGGGAUCUGCUGUGCACAACUGCUGGAAAGAAGAAGAUGAACAUUUUCAUUCAGGGUGUGGCAGAUUUCCCAUUCCAGCUAAACAGCUAACAGUGUCAAAAGAUGUGCAUUCAGAAAUGGGCAUCUCCUCCCUUUGUGAGGUGGUCCAGGCAUCAUUUGAAGACCUAAAACUAGGCUCUUCGGAGGUUGGCGGUAUCCAAGAGGAUAAAGAUUCUUUUCUCUCUCGUGAAAGAUUGCUUGCUAUUGCAAAAGAAAAUCAGACUCUUUUGUUGAAAGGAAGUAACUUUGGCUGCUUUCAGAACAAUGGCAGCAGAAGUAUCCCUUCACUUCGCAGCUGUUUGGAUUAUCACCUUGACUUUGGGGGAAAUGGUUCGCCACGAGUGGAACCUAAGGACAAUCUAGGGACAGCCAUCCUCAUCUGUGAGUCAGCUCUGCCUCUGUGUGCUACCGGUUCUCCCAGUGGAAUAGAUGUCAAUGUAUUUGCUGAUGGAAAAAGCCUUAACAUCCCUCAACUCUGUGACAGGCUUCCAUUUACCAAGAAAGCUAAUACGAGUUUAGGUCACAGAGGGGCCUUGGACAGCCUGUCCCGAAAGGAAGUCAUUGUGAUGCAGAGCAUUAGUCCCUUGCAUUGUCACAAGAAAGCAUUUGCUUCAAGUCAGAAUAGUAGCAGAUGUGCUGUAAUGAAUGAAGGGACCUGGGAAAUGGCCAGAUGCGUGCUGAGGGGGGCAGGAAAGGGGAGGCCUGGUAUGGAAACCCUCUGGGGAGGAGCGUUCUGUUCUAGUGACCAGGGCACGAAUGAUUUUUGUUCUGCUACCAAGGAGUUCUAUGCCCCGUCAAGAAAUCUCUCCUUGGAUUGUAACUAUCCACAAAAAGGGCGAAGAGGGACAGCCACCAAAAUAUCGCAUGGCUUGGGAAUAAGCCCAGUCCCUUUUGUGUCCAGUGGGAAAUUCACCUUUCUGCAGACAUUUUACAAUACAGCAUGCAACUGCUGUCCCUACAGAAAUAACUGCGUGGACCUGGACAGAGCAGGAAGCACCUUGGACUCAGUUUGCUCUCUGGACGCUCCCUGCUCUAGUCUGUUUAAGGCAGGAACUUCUGAGGCAGAAGCUGAAAACGGGAGGGUUGACGGCGAUGAUGCUUUUGUCAAUUCAGAAGGUAUUCUGGAUGGUAACAGUAAUAUUUUUCCUCCCUAUGAAAGAGUAGAAGUCAACAAAGCUUCAUUUGGAGCUGAUGCUGGUGGAAUGAAAACAAUGAAGAAUGUAAUAGUGUGUAACUAUACUUUGACACCCAGCCCAUCUCUCCAGCUAGCACUUGGUGGAGACCUGAGCAAAAUUCUCCACCUUUGUGAAGCCAGAGUUAGAAAAGCUCAAAGCCUAGAAGAACAGGAAAAAUACCAGAUUCAUCCCUCUUUCUUAGCACUUAAUCUCUCUGAUUUAAAGCUGAAGGACUCUUCUGUAUGUACUACAGUUUCCGCUCAGCAAAGGGAAUCCAUUUAUUGGAUGAAAAUACUUCUUUAUCCACGUUAUUUUCUUGAUAGUUGUUCCUUGUUUAAACAGAAAAAUGAUUCACCAGAGAGAGAGUUUCUAGGAUGCUGGCAGUCUUCCUUAAUUUUCUAUAAGAAAGUAGAUUAUCAUGAUUUGCAAACUCUGAUCAGUUCAGCUAUAAAAUAUAUCAGGUGUAAUGAAAAUGAAUCAUUGCAUUCAAAGAUUGGCCACAACCUAUCCCCACCAGUUACUGCAUCUUUAACAGAAUAUUAUCACAAUACAUUUCAGCAAAAUACACUUGGUGAAGAGUCAUCCAAUAACCUGGGAUCAGAAUUAACUGGCAAUCUAUUGAAAGAAGACUCUGUAGAAUCACAAAGUACCAGGAUACUAUUAGGAUACUUAGAAUGUACUUCAGAAUUACUGAACUGGAAUGAUUUUGUUAAAAAUCAGGCUCCUCAGUCAAAAGCUGAUGAACUCAAUUCUGCCUCUGAAUCAGCCAACAAAAGUCCUUCGGAGAAGUUAAACUUUAAAAAUGGAUCAUUAUCUGACAGUAAAUUGGCUUCAUCUCCUAAUCAGACAUCUUUUCAAACAGACCCUACAAUUCCUGCCAAGGUUAAAGGUCAGAAAAGAAUGAAAGGACUACAUUUAAAGUCAUAUGGAAAAAGAGAAAUAUCUAGUUUGAUGUGUACAGGCUUAGGCUUGCAGGCUCCUCAGAAUAAAAAAAUGUGCUUAUCUCAAAAAGAGGAAGCGCUAACUUCCCCUUCUUUGAAAGCUCAUGACUCUCCCCUUGCCAGAGAGUGUAUUCUAGCAACUGUGGGGCUUGAAAGAGAAGCUGAUUGCCGUGUCAGCCCAUCAGGUUUGGAAACUGAAUGGGCAAGCAGCUCCGUCAGACAAGAUACCCUUGUAGAUUGCCCUCUGGGUAGCAGGGAAAUAUCCCAGCACCUAGAAGGUGCCAAACAAGGGUCAGGAGGAGUAGAAGAGAUUGUAGCCCUGUCAUCCAAGACUUCAGAACAGUCCUUGGAGGCGAAACAGAAUUUGGAAGCCGACCAGAGAGAGGGUUGCCAAACAGCUGGGAUGACAGAAUUACCGAUUCCUAUUCUUUCUGACACUGACGAGUCUUCAGAAGCCCUCUUAGAAAAUUUAAUGUUUCCUGUCAGGGAUGGAAAGGUCAUGUUUUCAUUCAAAGGUGCAGUCCACACAAGACUUCCUGUCUGCUUGCCUGAAGAUAUUUCAGAAUUUGAUUCCAGAAAAGCCAAAGAUUCCUCAGAACCAACAGUUACUCCACGGCAUGCAGCGAACCUGAGUUACGCACUGCAAACUAACCCUUUAUUCUCCUCAAGAAAACCAGCAGAACACCUUGGCAGCUCAAUGUUGUCCUCCUCCCAAGAGGAUGGGAUAUUAGAAAGUUCCUCCAGGUGGUUCAAUAGUAAAGAAGGACAUUUGCUGAGGGUAGAGAGCAGCCAGGAGCUGGCAGGAGGCCCAGAGAAAGUAUUGGAAGGUCACCUGGUUGACAAGAGUAUCCGGAGGAGAGAUUCUGAAGCAGGGGCUCGGCCGCUUCGGCAGAAAGAGAAGCCCAAGGUGAAAAGAAAGCUUGCUGUCGGACAGCCUUUAGGCAGCUUUUGCGAUGAGGAUGCUGGGAGCCCGGAAGGUCCUGGACAACGGACCUUUUCUUCCGUAGGAGGCGUUGUGCAGAAGAGGGAGUGGGAAUCCCCUUUCCAGGCUGUAAGCAAAUCAAAAAGGCAAAAGAGAGGCCAGGGGUGUAAGGAGACCACAAGCCUGAAUCUUUGCUUCAGGAGUCGUAGCCAGCAGGCAAACAGCUGGCCCAGCUCCGUUCCAGCUUUCGGCACGUUGCAUCAAGCUGUUGGCUGUCACCAGAGCAGCAGCACUGGUGCCUUUGGGUGUUCAUGCCCAGUAAGAUCUUUUCCACCGUUCCGGAAACCGUCAGGAGCAGCCAGUGUAAAACUUGGUGUACCAAGCUGGCUCAGGGCACCGAGAAGCUGUCCUCUGACCUCAGGAUCUUCUUUCCCAAAGGCUCCCCCUGAGACUGUCCCCAAGGAGAACGGCGAACUCGCUUGUGCUGCACCAUUAGCCACAAGGCCAGCAGCCCCCCACGCCCCAAAGGCUGUCCUCUGGGACCAACCAGCAAAGCAGCAAGGCAGCCGGAGCAGCCUGCCGGCCUCCUUCUGGCUCGGCGGACACACCAAAGACGCCGCCUUGCUGCUGAGGCUCUCCACGUUAGCUGAGGAACUGCUGGCCCCCAAAGGCAAGCCGCUCCUGCACUGUGGUGCACUGCUUCCUUCAGCUGAAAAGCGGAGCCAGCUUAGGAGGAGGAAGCUGCUGGACAUCUUUUCCUUUGCCAGCUUAAAGUUAGACUCUCAUCAGUGGCCCAACAGCAGCAGUUGCUGCUUCAAGAUGGUGGGCUCCCAGGCUCUGCCAGUGUAUUCCAUCGAAUCGACAGUCCUGUGCUUCUUUGAGCUGAGGAGCAAAAGCCCCUGCGUGUGCAGCCCUCCAGCUUUCCCUGUGUCUUUCCACAAUCAAAUGGAUGCUGGCCCAACCGGGAAGCUCCCCAAGACUGGGCCCCCGGGCCCCGCCUCCAGAUUAGCUUUGGGAGGUCCACAGCCUCAGUGGCCCCCAGGACACAGCCUCACUUGCCCUCUGCCUCAGAGCUGCCCGGGUUUCACGCCAAUCCAGAAAGACGCCGAGCCAAGCUCCACGCCAGCCCCCCGGGGGGGAGGGGCAGCCACUCGGAGAACAGGCUCCCUCGCCCGUGGCCUCCCUACAGCCUUAGCCUUGUUUUCCCCCGGCUGCCAUCGCGUUUGGACAAGGAAAAGGCGUCUCGGGAGUCGGAUCCCGGCCAUCCAGAGGCUGGCCCUGCUGCAGUUUGCCCAGGGCUUGAAGGGGCUCAGGCAUUGCACUUCUGUGUCGACCGACCUCUUCUCUUCCUCGCCCUAUUUGCUGGGCAGGGUUCUGUCCAUAUGGAGCCAGCACAGUCCUUCCACCCUCCUCUCCAAAUUUACUCCUCUCCAUUCCGGUCCCUGCAAGGGACAGCCAGACGGUCCUGCAACUGCAGGCCUGGGCCGCAGGAACAGCUUCAGCCUGCCGCCCCUGGUGCCCGGCCCACUGAGCGACACUUGCAGGGCUGGAAAUAAUGGCGUGAGGUUGGAACCAUUCUUGUCUGUGCUGUUGCCAGCACCUUGCUCAGCUUCGGAACCAGCUCACUCUCCUCUGGGAUUUCCAGCUCUUGGAUCUGGAGAUAAACGUGAUGCUUGUGUCCCAGCGUUGCCUGAGGCUGGAACUCGGCUUGAAAAAGACAAGUCAGAGAACAGGCCAAAGAAAGUGUCUCAGAUCCGGAUUCGGAAGGCAGUUCCUAAGCCAGAUCCCAACCUCACCCCCAUGGGGCUUCCCAGGCCAAAGAGGUUAAAGAAAACUGAAUUCAGCUUGGAGGAAAUAUAUACCAAUAAGAAUUACAAAUCUCCCCCUACAACCAGGUGUCUGGAAACCAUUUUUGAAGAGCCAAAAGAGAAAAAUGGGUCUUUAAUCUCAAUCAGCCAGCAGAAAAGGAAACGGAUUUUGGAGUUCCAGGACUUCACCCUUCCCCGGAAGAGGAGGGCUCGCAGCAGAGGCAGAGCGGUGGGUGGCUACACUCGGGCCCAGAAGGCAGCCAUAGAAGGAAGAGAACUUGACGUCCUCCUGAUUCAGAAACUGACAGACCUUGAAACGUUCUUCGCCAAGGAGGAGAGGCAGGAGCCGGUGUCGGGCAGUUGAGUUUGGGUCAAUUGGCUGGAAGAGGCUGAGCUCUUUCAGUGGCCUGGUGUGCCUGGAAAGGGAGCUUCGUUUUCCCAAACCAGCCACUCCGCUUGGGCCAACCUAUCUGACUGAGUCAUAGAAAUAUUUUCCUAUAUGUUGGAGGAGAAUAAUUAAUUUCUGUUAACAUUAUCAAACAGCCCUGUCUUUAGCCUCCGUUAUCCCUGGGAAUUGACAUCUGCUGGGUUUUUCAAAAUCCGGGUAAAAGCAUAGGGCAGAACAAAGGCUAAAGCACCUUCAAAGACAUUAGGAUUGUAAGGACUUCCCAAAGCUAGCCAUGUGUUUGCCUCUGCUGCUGCUCUUGUUCUGGAACCCUGGUAACGUUGCAGCCAGGGUGAGGGGUUUUUUAAAAGUUUUUUUUUAGCAGAUCUGUUUGCAUUGUCAGGCAGCAGGACCCCUUGUGCCCAUCAGCAAGCACGUCUUGCUCAAAGAAGAGAAAACUCUGCAUGGCAUUUCCAUCCUUUGUUACCUGCAAGAGUUUUCUGUAGUCCUCUUGUCCCAAAUUGUGUUUGGUGGCAGAAGACCCAGAGAGAGCUACUUGUUGCACUUUGCUUUGCUGUGUGAGGACCCAGUUCAGAGGUUCACCUCACAGUUCCUGCAUUAGGAGAUGCAGGACCACUAGGGAGAGAUUUUACUCUCUGUUCCGCCUUCAUCAUACUCUGUUCUGCAGGCUUCCUCUCUUGUUGAUUUCAGUCUUGGAAUUGGGGCCAGUGAAUUUGGUGUAGAUUUUAAUUGUGGCGUUAUACCAGAAUGCCAAUGAGACCUCAACAAUCCCUCAUUUUUGUGUGUGUUUCUCCCACCACCUCAACUAUCACUCAGCACCUGUUGUUACUUCCUGUUGUCCUGAUUCUGCCUUGUUUGGGGCCCACGUACAGCGAAUUGUACAAAUGCAGCAUCAGGAGCUGGUUGGUAGCAUGAGCAGCUGAGCAUUCCUGGAUCCUGGUGGAAGCUGGUGGAAGUAGCUGUACAAAGCCACACAGAGGAAAUUUUAGACUUGUGCUUUUCCUUAUGGGGAUGUUUCUGUGCUUGGGAGACUGUUAAAUAUUUAUCUUAACUGAAAAUUUUACAUGAUGAUCAACAGCUGUUAGCUGUCUCUAGUGCCUGCAGUUUGGGCCAGGUUUAAUGGCUGAAUCACUCAAAGGGUUUGCCUUCUGCUUCCUCUCAUCUAAAAUUUGCACUUUUGGUACCUUCAGGCCCAUGUGGAUACUUCAUCUUACCUCUAGAAUGAACCCUAGGGGCAAAUGAUGGUAUGCCUGCCAGGGAUGGAAAUUGUGGCCUGUUCCUUGACUUUCCCAUUCCAUUCCCGAACAGGCAAGAUGUGGAAAUGGGCCUUGUAGAUUAUGGAGGGCCUUAAAACUGGAGAAGUAGAGGGGCAAUGCCACCCAUGUGCCUGGAAGUAGAAAUUAAUUUCUGCUCCGCAUUGUUUUUCCAUUGUGAAAAAAAGAGUGGGAAUAAUUUUUAAUAGUUGAGAUGUCAGAGCUGGUUUCCUAUGUGACUGUGUGACAUUUCGUGUUUACUGCUGCAUGUAAAUCAGUGACAGCGGAGAUUCUCCCUUCAUACUUCUGAUCAUUGUAGAAGAUCCUUUAUUAUCUCUAACCUCCACAUUUUGGGUGGGCGAAGUUGAAUCAUUAUUAGAAGUACGGGGUUCUUGUGUCCUUUUGUCCCAUAGUGGGAUUUUAUGACGUCACACGCCAGUACAGAUGCCAGUGUGGAAAUUCUGGUUCUGUUGUUGAGCUGCCACUCUGACUCUCCAGGUGGGCGAUCACUUGGCAGGGCUCUUCUGUGAACCUCAAAAUGUCAGUUGGUGUGCUUCCUCUGCGCUUUGUUUUUGAAAUUACAUGUACGUGGACGGGAACGCAAGGAUCCUCAGCUUGGUUUUGCUGCAGCCGUCCAGAAGGAAACGUGGCCACUGCAGCGACCAGAGGACGGGUCUGUAGUUCACCAGGGCUGCCUCAAAAGAACCUCCUCCAUCUGCGAGGGUGGCAGCAGGGCUGCUGCUGAGAGCACCCUCAGGCCGUGCCCCCAGGAGAUCUGGGCCAAGGGCGGCCGCCCCAAGCAGCAUUCUUCCAAGGCAGGGGCCGGAUUGCUUGCUUGGUUUUCAGUACAAUCAUGAAGAAGAUUCUACUAAGAGCCCUUGAAAGAAAUCUCUUCUCAGGAAAGAGCGGAGGCGACCGAGGACAUAAUUCAGUUCUGGGGGCGUAGAGUGUAAUAUUGGCUAAAAUCAGAGUUUUUUCCCAUCCUCGCGCAGGUGUCAUAAUGGGCCACGGGCAGCUCUGAGCCCUAGCGGCUGGUCCUGGCGCCCCGGUCAAGCUGCCUGCCGUGCCACUCGAGCCUCUCGGGGGCCAGUCGGGGACAGCUUGAGAGGGUUGCCACUUGGCGGCCUCCUCGGAGUCCAGACCAAAUGGGAAUUUGCACGCUUCCGUACUGGUGGCUGUUCUCGUGCCAUUAUCCCAUGGUUUUUGUUUAUUCCUGUAAUCUUUGAGUUUCAAAUUUCUCUUUUUCUAGUGUUUAAAUUAUGGAAAUAAAAAAUUAAAAUAAAA